AUGAGGGCGCGAGACUCCAUGGUGUACACUCCGGUGUCCCUCGGGCCGGACACGGACGACGAGGAAACGCUAGUCAACGCGGAAGUCUACAGCAAUGAUCUAGCGCAGAUCCGAGCGCUGGUAGAGUCCACGGGGAUGCUGGGCGGAUCGACGUGCCCAUCCUGCGAGAUGCCGUUCGACAAGGGGAAGAAACGCCGCCUGAUCGACUCCUGCGGGCACGAGCGUUGCUACUCCUGCCUGUUCCGUAGCGAGGCAUGCCCGCUCUGCCUGCGCGCCGACUUCAACGACGAGGACGGCCUGGAGGGACCCUUCAGGGACGAGUUCGCCGGCACCUCGGGACCCAUGUCCAUCCUCGCGCCCACGGACGGCUGGAUCGAUGAGUCAUCGACGGUGAACUCUCUCUGCGGCAGUCCCAGACCACGCACUAAAGUCACCACGAGGGCGAACCUUCCGUCCCGAGUCAUGCACCGAGAUGCCGACGAAGUCUCCUCGGUGAGCAAGGGCUUGAAGAAUAAAUCCGCUUUGCCGGAGUCCUCGGGCUCCCAGGGACGCCAGAAGCUUCAGAUGAUGACGCAGAGCUGCCCCACUCCGCCGAAUCAGAGGAAGAGGUUCUUCCUGAACCCGAAGGUCCUCAGGAGCUCGUUCGUUCCGCAGCGGUCGUCCAGGCGAGGCGCCUCGUCCCCAGAACCCGUUGCCAACGACAAUCCCUCCGCCCUAUCAGUUUGGAUGACGUCGUCUUGGGAGGGGAAGUCAAGAUGGCCGGGUGUAGUGCUGGGGAAAAUCAAAUCUUUGUGGAGCAACAGCCAGGGGACGGCGAGCGACGGUCUGAACCAGCUGAUCGAGCCGAGAAGCAAACUCACAGACGACGAAGGAGGUUGCGUGAAGCCUCUCACCUCGAAGACCAGGAAGUCCUCGCAGUCAGACCUGUACAUGAGGCUGGGACUACUCUUGGGCAGCAAUCACGCGCGAGCGAACAGCAGCGUGGACACCAGCGAUCUACCCGGUGUCUCGAACCGUUCUGGCCCUGGACAGUCCAGGGUGCCCAUUCAAGGCCACGACAGCUCCGCUGCUUCGUUCAGCAGCCUGACCAGCUUCGAGACGCAAACUUUAGCGUCCACGAAUACCAGCCCGGUGUCCACGCUGACUGGGACCUCCAGCGAGGCUGAAGCCGCAGCUGCCUUGAGAUGUCCCAUCAAGCCGAAGUCGAAGGCCAAAGGCAAGAGCAAGUCCAGGGACUGCGACAGCGCCGGGAGCCUAGCUUCGAUCUCCACCUCGGUGUCCGCGUCCACGUCCAUGUCGAUGUCGAUGUCGGUGUCCGUCUCGGGCCUGUCGAACGGCAGCUCGAGCCCGUUAACUCCUAGAAGACAUUCCGUGAACGCCUCGCAGCCUGGACAGUCCGAUGAACCUGGACAGUUCAAGAACAGACGGUCCUGCGCUAGGAGGUCCGCUAGGACCGGCAACGUGAAAGGCGCGGUUGAUGCUAAAUUACGCUUCAUCCAACACCACGCGACACAGCUGACCUUGAAGCCGCUCUUCUUCGAGGUGCCUCUGUUGGAGACCGAUCCCCUAUUCACCGGUCGCCAAUGGCUGCUGCAAGAGAUCGAUUCCGUGGUGAACGGGUCCAGCCCCGGCGUUCUCAUCUCCGGCUCCCCUGGAACAGGGAAGACCGCGUUGGUUCUACAAUUGGUGGAGCACAGCUGCUUCGGGCGGAGAAGGGAACAAUGCCUUCCGUCCGAGAUCACCGAGGAACCUGAAGAGAAAGAGAAACUCGGUUGCGCCACCGCGUUGCACGCUGGCAUUCGCAACACGAACGAGAAGGUUCGAGAGCUAGCCUCCCACGUGGUCGCUUACCACUUCUGCCAAGCGGACAACAACAGUACCUGCCUGGUACCGGACCUGAUACAUUCUCUAGCCGCCCAGCUUUGCCAGGCUCCUCAGCUGAUCUCCUACAGAGAGUACCUGCUCUCUGAACCCCACAUCCAAGGCUCCCUGUCGCAGAGGGAGUGCACCGUUGACCCAGACCUCGCGCUUUCCAGAGGCAUCAUCGAACCCUUGUCCACCCUGAAAAAGAUGAACAGGCUGCCGGACACCAAUAUGGUGAUCCUGAUCGACGCCGUCUGCGAGGCGGAGUACCACAGACCAGACCGAGGCGACACGAUAGCGUCGUUCCUAACCAGGCACGCCCCUAACUUCCCCAGCUGGCUGAAGAUCAUCUGCACGGUCCGGACGCAGCUGCUCGAGUGCGGGAAGCAGCUCCCGUACACCAGGGUCUCGCUGGACAAGGUGCCGAACGACAGCACCGGAAACAACGUGACCCGGGACCUGUCCGAUUACAUCGGGUACAGGCUGGCGCAGAGCCCCGCGAUCCAGACGAACGUCACCGCGUCGGUGAACGGGAAGGCGGAGUCGUCGUGCAGCGCGAACCAGACGCGAUUCGCCUCGCAUCUGCUCGCUCUGGCCAGAGGCAGCUUUCUCUUCGCGAAGCUGACGCUCGAUCUUAUCGAGAGCGGCCACUUGGUAGCUAAAUCCGCCAGCUACAAGGUACUUCCGGUGUCUCUCGCGCAGAUAUUCCAGCUGCACUUCAACCUACGGUUCCCCACGGCCACCUCGUUCGACAGGGUACAACCUCUGCUCGGCGUUUGCUUGGCUGCUUUGUACCCGCUCACUCUGCCGGAGAUAUUCUACUCCGUCAACUCGCUGAACGCCGACCGAUUCGUUUCAUGGGAGGAUUUUCUGCAGAGAUUCAAAAUGCUCUCUGGAUUCCUCGUGAAACGGCUGGACAACACGUACAUGUUCUUCCACCCGUCGUUCAGGGAGUGGUUGAUGAGAAGGGAUGAGGGCGAGUCGACCAAGUUCCUCUGCGAUCUGAGGCUCGGUCACGCGGCGAUCGCGUACAGGCUGUCCCGUCUCCAGGCACCGUUAGACGGCGACAAGGCUCUCGAACUGGGUCACCACAUACUGAAGGCGCACGUUUAUAGAGGCGUCGCGCCUUGUUGGCCUUCGCGUGAUCUACAGGCGAUCUGGCUAGCGUCGUCGACGGAGUGCGUGUCAUCCGCUCUCUGCACGUUGAGGAACAUCUACAGCCCGAACGUGAAGGUUUCGAGGUUGCUUUUGCUGGCAGGAGCAUCUCCGAACCACAUCACCGAGUACCUGGGCAACGCGCCGGCUCUGUGCAUGUACGCGCACGAAGGCUCCGUCGAGAUGGUGUCCCUGUUACUAGAAUUCGGCGCUGACGUCGAGCUGACGAACAGCCAGGGCUGCACAGCGCUCUCGUUGGCAGCUGCUCGCGGACAUUGCGACGUGGUCAGAAGGUUGGCUGCUGCUGGAGCAUCGCUGGGACACGCAGACAUGGCUGGCCAGUGUCCCUUGGUUCACGCUGCGAGGCACGGAAGAUUGUCCGUGGUUGGCUACCUGUUGGCCUGUGAUUGGGUGGUGCCAUCAGGCGAGAACGAAGCGGAGAACUCGCAGGAGAUGAGCAGAGAGGAAGCUGCACAGCAAGCUGUGGUGGCUGCCGCUGCUCAGGGCCACGAGUCCAUCGUCGAAUACCUGCUGGACAUGGCUGAAGUGAUCGUGGAUCGACCCGACACUCUGAUAGGCGAAACCGCGUUGACGAUCGCUGCCGCCAAUGGAUCCACUGCUACAGUUUCCGCUUUGCUGGCUCGAGGAGCUAGGCCCACCGCUGUCAAUGCUAAGGGCCUGUCUCCGCUGAUGCUUGCUGCUAGAGAGGGACAUUGGGGGACUGCUGAGAGGUUUCUGCAAGGAACUCUGUCCAGCAGUACGGACACCAUUUUGGACGAUGCGGUGACGCUGCUAGAUCAACGAGAUCUCGCAGGUCGCACCGCGCUUAUGCUGGCUGCAUCCGAGGGCCACACGAACCUGAUCGAAUUGUUCCUCGAUAAGGGAUCUAUAUUGGAGAGCAGGGACAAAGAGGGACUCACUGCCCUCUGCUGGGCCUGCGUCAGGGGCAGGCUGACUGCUGUGCAGAAUCUCAUCGACAGGGGCGCGGAUGUUAACACUAGCGACAAUACUGGCAGGACUCCUCUGGACCUGGCUGCGUUCCAGGGCAAUCCGAAGUUGGUGCAGCUGUUGCUGGAAAAGGGAGCAGCUGUGGAGCACGUCGACCUGCACGGUAUGCGGCCAUUGGACCGUGCCAUCGGAUGCAGAAACAUCCCCGUGGUGCAGUGCUUCCUGCGACGGGGCGCUAAACUGGGCCCAGCCACUUGGGCGAUGGCCGCCGGGAAGCCCGACGUGCUUCUGAUCCUCUUGAACAAACUCCUCGAGGACGGGAACGUGCUGUACCGGAAGAACAGGCUGAAGGAGGCGUCGCACAGGUACGCGUACGCCCUGAGGAAGUUCCCGGUGUCGCCGGAGGAGGACUGCCAGGGCCAGGAACAUGAUCACAUGAUGCUGCAGCUGCAGACGUUCGCGCAACUCCGGCUGAAUUUCUUGCUCAACCUCAGUCGAUGCAAGCGCAAGAUGAACGAAUGUGCGGAAGCAAUCGAGCUCGCUGACGAGGCUCUGAAGGUUCGGCCAGUGUCCUACGAAGCGUUCUACGCCAGGGCGAAAGCGCGCGUCGACUCGGGCUUGCUGGAGGAUGCCUUGUCCGACGUCCAAGAGGCUCUGCAGAUCGCUCCACCCCAGAACAGGCAGGAUCGUCGCGUCCUCGUCGCCCUCAGGGACGAGAUCAUCUCACGAUUGGACGGCGUAGGGACCAGCAAAGGGUCCUGCGACUCGACCGGCCGAUCGAGGCUUCGAGCGUCGGUCGACACUCUCACCGAGUUGUAACUCUCUCCGUUUCUCUAGAAAAGUAAUCAUCUCGAGGAAAAGCCACUGGCGACUCUCCGUCUCAUCUGCGGGAGACCAACUCUCGAACCGUUUUGAAACGCUCGUUCGCCAACGGGAGACGCUUAACACACUCGAGACCGACGACCCACCGUGUGGGUCAUGUACAGAGAUCGGUAUGAUCAGUCAGUUUCAAAUGAAACGAGCGGAACUCGCUCUACAUUGUAAUAUAACACGCAUUAUAUUGCAACGAUAGGAAUCGCCGGAAAACGUGUUUCCUCUUAUCCUUCUAUCUUUUAGCUUCUCGUAAGGUUAAGUGUCACCAUAACUGUGUGUUAUAAUAAAUUCUUUCGAUGUUAAUUUAUUCGUUAUUAUAACUGCACGAACGGUUUCUUGGUUAAGACCACGGUCUCAGAUCUGUUAAGCCGCCCUCGAACGUACUCAAACGCGAUCGCAUCGAUCGCGACCGAAACGAAACCGCGAUUUCCCGAAGCCGCGUCGCUCGGGGCUUCGGCGAUUCGAACGGAAACGAGACACCGUUUCCGGGCGACGCGUGUUAUCUUUAUUUAACGACUCUUCGCGUGGAACCGUACGCGUCAGAAGAGAUUCCUCUUGCUGCUUGCGCGACGCGUAGCGAGAUAUCCGUACUCGAAAGCCUUCGGAGCAUAUUUCGGUCCUCGCCGUUCCGGACGCGCGCGGUUCGCUUAGGAACCGUCGAAGGUAUUACCGCGAUUUUUACGUUAAGUUCCGCGUUAGAUAAUCAGCGAAUCGAGAAAUAACGGAGAGACAGUCCGAGGAUGAAACGGUGCUCGGAAGUUUCGACCCUAGCGGUGUCCAAUGCACGCUCCUCUCUUUUCUUGUGCAAUUGUAUUGCAUGACCGUUUUUGUUUUUGUACGAUCACUUCGAUUUCGAAUCGAGCACAGAGUUUAAUAUAUAUACACUUUUCUAUAUAUAUUAUAUAUAAAUAGUAUAUAUAUAUAUAUAAAUAUAAAUAUAAAUAUUUGUAUUAUAUCACGCGUAUGAUGAUUGGUUUCUAGUGUCGUUGUAAUUUAAUGAACGUUAUUUAAUUCUGUCUCCUCUCUAUCUCUUUCUAUUUUUGCCUAUCGUUUCCUUUCACUCAGUAUUCUUUUCUUUUUGUAAACGAACCGCACCGUGAACCGCCGCGUGCACGAUACGUUAGAAACGACGAAAAGUGAAAAGAAUAAAAAACAAAAAAAAAAUGAAGAAGAAGAAGAAGAGAACGAACGACGCAGCGACUCGUCGAUGAUUGCUUCUCGAUUUGUAUUCCACUGUUAGGAAAUUGCGUCGAACCGAUCGCUGGGGAGAAUCGUUUCCCGUGAACAACACGGAACGAUCCACGCGACGAUCUCGUCGAUUAUUGUAUUUAGAACGGACUCGCUUGACAAGCAUUUAAUUACACCUAAUUUCCUCCGCGACCGGCGCCGAUCGCGAUCCGAUCGAGGCCACCGAUCGUCGGGGACCGCCGAACUUCCUCCGAUUUGUAUUUUUAAAUAGGAAGACUUGCACGGACUCGCAUUGGCUUCUGCGAUGUUCAUUUCUGUCUCUGCGACGGAGCACUGGAGUCCGAAAUAA